UCAUCACACCCACCCCCUCCAUCUACCAUCGCAUCAAUCCUCUGGGUCGCUCCGACUCUUCGUAACCGCUUUGCCAACAACGCUCCUGGGAUCACCCCUCCCCGCAUCCAUCCCCUCCAUCGCAUCCAUUCAUCCCCUCUUCCAUCAAUCCCUUCCUUCCUUGCCCCUGGCUGCCCUGGCACCCUCCCGACCAUGCACUUUCACUCCCCUGGUCGCACCCGUUCGUCUUCCCGGCCAGCCUCGCCUGGUCCGGAGCGACUCCCUGGGCCCCCGGUCGAUCUUGCCGACCUGCGUCCUCAGUUCCUUGCCCCAGGCCACACCCCCGACCAGCGUCGUCGUCGUCUCUUUGACAUCGAGACCGCUCCCACCUUCUACCCGACCCACGAGCAGUUCCAGAACUCUCUGAGUUACAUCGAAUCCAUCCGUCCGCAUGCCGAGCGCUAUGGCAUCUGCAAGAUUACCUUCUUUGUCCAGCCGAGGAUCCAAAACCUCAGCCUGACCGAGGGCCAGAGCCGCUCCAUCGUCAUGUACCUCGAUCGGCUGCAAAAGUUCCACGCCCAGAGCGGCCGCCCACUCUCCAAGGUGCCAACCGUCGAGGGCCGUCCUCUGGACUUUUUCCGUCUCCAGGAAGAGAUUCGGCGGUGGGGCGGACAUGACGAGGUUACCACACAGAAAAAGUGGACCACUGUCAGCAAGGCCCUCGGCCUGAACGCCAGCACCUCAACCCCGUCCGUGAUCAAACUUGCGUACAUGCGAUGGAUCCUGCCCUACGAAGAGUACAUUGACGGAUACGAGAAGGCCGUGAUGGAGAAGCGGAGGGAGAGAAUGGAGAAGGGUCUGCCCGACAUUCACGACGCCGAUCCGUACAGCGCUCGACACGCCCGCAAUACCCGCAAGAAAACCAUGAGCAGCCAUGCCAAAGAGACCGUCGUCAGCCCGCCCAGAGAGGCAUCGAAUAGCGAAGUCAAGCCCGUGCCGGGACAGGAACGAUGUGAAAUCUGCCGCAUGGGCGACCGUCCAUCAAGCAUGCUGCUGUGCGAUGAAUGCGACCGGGGCUUCCAUAUGUCCUGUCUGAUUCCGCGCGUCAAAACCGUUCCGCAAUGCGAGUGGUAUUGUCCGAAAUGCCUCAGCCAGAUCGGCGACGACUACGGCUACGAGGAGGGCAAGCUCAAGACGCUCUCCGAGUUCCGCACCCUUGCCAACACCUUCAAGGCUAACUGGUUCCACAAGCGCCGGAGGGAAAGCAACAUCAAACUGCAGCACGACCAUCGCGGGCCGCUCUACAUCACCGAGGACGAGGUCGAGCGGGAGUUUUGGCGUCUGGUCGAAUCGCCCUACGAUGAAGUUGUGGUCGAGUAUGGCGCAGAUCUGCAUACGGUGGAUCACGGGAGCGGCUUCCCGACGGUGGAUCGCAAUCCAGAUGAUCCAUACUCCAGUCACUCAUGGAACCUAAACAACAUUCCAACACUGCCCGAGUCGCUCCUUCGCAAGGUGCGCACGGACAUCUCUGGAAUGAUGAUUCCGUGGAUGUAUGUUGGCAUGGUCUUUUCGACCUUUUGCUGGCACACCGAGGACCACUUUACAUACUCGAUCAACUACAUGCACUGGGGUGAAACCAAGACCUGGUACGGCAUUCCAGCGUCAAACGCACUCAAGUUCGAGGACUCGAUGCGCAAGGCCUUCCCGGACCUCUUCCGGGCCAACCCAGACCUGCUCUUCCACCUGACGACGCUCGUGAGCCCCAAGGUUCUGAAGCAGGACGGCGUCGCCGUGUACGCGUGCGACCAGCGUGCGGGCGAGUUUGUCGUCACCUUCCCGCGGGCCUACCACGGCGGAUUCAAUCACGGACUCAACUGCGCCGAGGCCGUCAACUUUGCCCUUCCGGACUGGCUGCCGCAUGGAUACGAAUGCGUGAAGCGGUACAUGGAGUUCAAGAAGCCGCCGGUGUUUUCGCACGAGGAGCUGAUCGUCAAGCUGGCCGUGGAUGCGUCGCCCAAGCUUGCAAGCUGGCUUGCACCCCAUUUCCGAACCCUAAUCAACGCCGAGGCCCAGCAGCGCACACAGUUCUGCAGCCGCAACCCUUCGAUUCCCACUGUUGUCGUCAAGGCAUCGGAGGUGGAGCCCGAUGACAACAACUGCGUGAACUGUUCCCGGCUCUGCUAUUUGAGUUGCCUCAAGUGUCCCUGCGAUCUGAGAAGAUCCGCGUGUCUCACGCACCCAGAGUCGCUCUGCUCCUGCGACAAGUCAAAUGCGUUCCUGCGUGUCCGCCUGAAGACAAGCGAGCUCGAGGCCAUCUAUGACGAGCUGGUCAAUCUGUCGUCGGACUCGAGAGUGUGGCACGAAAGCUACGUCGACCUCCUCAAUCUCUCCAGCAAGGGCCACAAGCCCAGAAUCGACCACAUCAAGUCGCUUCUCGACCCCUCGGCGCCACGCCACAUCUACGGGGUUGAAAUCAAGAAUCUCGAGCACAUGGUCGCCCAAGGAGCAGCAUGGAUCUCCCGCGCGCUGCCGUAUUUCGACCACUUGGUCAGGGCCGACUUUCGGCACCCUCCAGCCCAGAAACUGCCGCCCGUUCCGCUAAGCGAUCUGGAGAAGAUCUACAACGAGGGACUGGCGCUCGCCUAUACCUUCCCGGAGCUGGAGCAGCUGACCCGAGUGAUGGACGACGUCCGGCGGCAGCAAAGCGAGAUCAAUGAGCUUCUGAAUCGGCCAGCGCUUCCAGACUCCUUCACGGAGGCGCUGAAUGGGCUCUACCAGGAAUCGCUGGACUCUGGUGUGCUUAUCCCCGAAGCGAGCGCCCUGAUCCACCGUCUCGACGGGAUCCAGCAGUGGCACCGCAACGUCCGUGGGUUCGUUGAAGCACCGUACCAGAUCGAAAGUAUCGUGCUCCACAACUGGAUCAACGAGGCAUCGUCGUUACGGCUUCCGGCCAGCUUCGAGCCGCUGCGCUCUCUGCUGCGCAUGCGAGACCAAGCAGAGGCAUGGAAGCGACAGGCGAUUAAGCUGUCAGAGACACCGCCGCUGAAGAUCAGCCAAAUCGAAAAGAUCAUCAGGAACGGCGAGUGGCUCCCCAUCCACCCCAAUCCGCAGUACCAAGAGUUUGAGAAGCAGCUCAAGCGAGCCCAGACAUGGUCGCUCAACGCCCUGCGCAUCUACGACAAGCUGACCAAGUUUGAAAUGGGCAAGCCCACCCGGUCCACCCGACCCACCUGGCGGCCGACGAUGGGCGAAGUGUUGGAGCUCCUGCACAGCGCAAAGGAGAGGACCCCGAUGGUGCAGUUUGACGAGGUGCCUCUGUUUCUACGGCACACGGACGAGGCCCGACAGUGGAUCUCCAAGGCUUGGAGCACUCUGUCGUCGACCGGGCGUGAAAGCGAAGACAUGACAGCCAAACUGAUCGAGCAUCUCCAGAGCGUCAAUUCAAACAUUGACGAUUGUAUUCGCAAUGCCCAGAGUGGAAACCGAGUUUGCAUCUGCCGCGGCCACGACAGCGAGUACAUGAUCCAGUGCCGGAUCUGCGAGGAAUACUACCAUCUCAAGUGCCUCCGCAUCGUGGACCGAACACCAACCGACCCUCGACAAUACGUCUGCAUGGUUUGUCGCAUGGACACACAGGUGUAUCGCCAUGCAGCAUGGCCGAACCUGAGGACGUUCGAGUCGUUGUUGGUGGAUGCAGAGUCCCUAGCCAUCGAACCGCCAGGCCAGCGGAAGCUCAGCAACGUUGUCAUAUCGGCGUCCAAGUGGAGCGAUCGGCUCGCCGAGCUCUAUAAUGCGUACCUGUCCGCGGAGCCAUCUGGUCGCCAAGCGCAUCUUGAGAUCCUCAAGGCGGCUCUUCGAUGUACCCUCGGUAUGACAGUCACGCUCUACCACCAAGUACUGCCGAUCGUCUCAAAGCUGCCGUCCGCGGCGGCGUUGGGCCCGGAAUCCGGAUUCCACAAUCGCGAUCGCGACACCUACGAUGACAUGGAUCAGCGCGGGCUUCGAGAGAUCCGCGACGGCCGCGACGGCCGCGAAGUCCGUGAAUCGCAGGAAAUGCGGCCAGCCCGAGAUACCCGCGAUGGCCACGAUGUCCGCGAUGGUCGGGAGACUCGCGAGGGCUAUGGCCGUUACUACCCGGCCAGCGCGGCCGACACGCCCAUAGAGGAUCUGCUCGAGCGCAAGCGUCCGCCUCCCGAUGAUUACGCAGAGAGACAUUCGCCCGUGGAUAAGCGACCAAAGCCCCACGAAGUCCCCAGCAACAGCAACAGCACCAACACCAGCACCAGCACCAGCACCAACACCAACACCAGUACCAAACACAGUACCAGCACCAACAUCCACACCAUCACAUGCAUGGCUACAGUCCCAGCCCCGGUCCUGGCUACGGUGCGAGUCCCAGCCAUCAGCAAAGCCCACGAAUGAGCCACCCACCCCGUUUACUCGACCGCAAUUCCCAAUGGGAGAACGACCCACAGAGCCGGGGUCAGGGGCCACCACCAUCUUCAAGCCCUUACUCUCCAUACUCGGCGCAUCCACCGAUCAAGCGAGAGCCAUUCGUGUCUUGAGCAGCCGGGACAUGCGACACUGCUCAACAACACCCCCCUCCUUCCUCCAUCUGACACUCUGUUCCAGUCUGCUGCGCGCUUGCGACGUUCUUCCUGUCGACUGUAAUCUUUCCCUCUUUCCCCUUUAUUGCGCUCCACCUGCUUUUUCUCGAUAUCCGUAAGCCUCACCGUGUCCGUGAAACGAACCAGACACUCAUGUUGGUGAGAUGGAACACUUGCUUCAGCUUUUCUCUCUGAAUCCUGAAUACACACAUGCACGCCCAUCGCCAGUCGGC